AUGCCCGUGCAAUAUAGCGACCUGAGCAUUAUCGAUUCGCAUAACUGGACAAGAGAGAAGGCUAGCUUGUUCGAUGUUGGUCACAUGGUCCAGCACCACUUUUCUGGCCCUGGUGCUGAAGCUUUCCUUGAAAGCAUCACACCAUCGUCACUAUCUUCAUUACUCAAGCACCAGUCCACGCUUUCAACCUUGUUGCAUUCAACCGGUGGCAUCGUAGAUGACACAGUAGUCACGCGUCUAGCCGACAAGUUCUACGUCGUCACCAAUGCCGGGUGCAGGGAAAAGGACACAGCCUACUUCAAAACGCAACUAGACGCCUGGAAGAACUCGCACCCUGAUCAACCCGUUGAGUGGAAGAUACUCGACGGUCAAGGUCUCAUCGCCCUCCAAGGCCCCUUGUCCUCUGAGGUUCUCUCCCGUGUCCUAGACGACAAGUCCAAAAAAGAUCUCGAAUCCCUCUACUUUGGCCAAUGUACCGCUGCAACAAUCAAAGGCACUGAUGCAGAAGUGCUCGUAAGCCGCGGUGGCUACACCGGUGAAGAUGGUUUUGAAAUCAGUAUUCCCGCGUACGCCACAGAGGCCAUCACCCAAUUCCUGCUCGACUCCGCCAAAGACGAGCUACGCUUCGCGGGUCUAGGCGCCCGCGACACCCUGCGACUAGAAGCAGGCAUGUGUCUCUACGGCCACGAUCUCGACGACACCACCACGCCCGUCGAAGCCGGCCUCUCUUGGAUUAUCGGCAAGGACCGCCGCGCAAACGGAGGCUUCCUCGGCGACUCCGUCAUCCUACAGCAGCUGAAGAAGAAGUCGGAAGGUGGUGGUGUAUCACGCCGACGCGUUGGCCUCAUCGUUGAAGGAUCCCCUGCGAGAGAAGGUGCGGAGAUAAUCAACGAGGCGGGUGAGAAAAUUGGUACGAUUACUUCUGGUUGUCCGUCGCCGACGCUCAAGAAGAAUAUCUCCAUGGGCUAUGUGAAGGACGACGUCGUCAUUUGCAUAUGUAUUGUCACCAUAAGUAAUAUUGAAAGUGUAGUCCUCCUUGAUCUUGGACUUGUCGGGUUGAUGAACAUCACGAUUGCGGAUCUGCUCUUGGGGCUGUAG